CCGAUAAAUAAGUAGUUCCCAAGAUGGAAUAGCUUUAAAUUUUCUAUCUAUUCAUUGAUCUUAUCUCCCUAUCACAGUAUCAGUUUUGAAGUUUUGAUCAUCUGGGUACUUUCCCAUUUCUCCUUUGAAGGCUUCAAUGGCAGAAACCAAAUCUUUCUCUCUCUCAGAGGUCUCCCUUCAUACCUCUAAAAAGGAUUGCUGGAUAGUCGUUCAUGGAAAGGUCUAUGAUGUCACUGUUUUCUUGGAAGAACAUCCAGGAGGUGAAGAUCCUCUGUUAGAGGCAGCAGCCAAAGGAGAUGCUACAGAAGAUUUUGAGGAGGUGGGUCAUAGUUCCACAGCCACAGCUAUGAUGAGUGGCUACUUGAUCGGAGUUCUGAAGGGUGCUUCUGAUUCCGGUGAUGGCGCCGGAAGUUCUAAAUCUGUUAAAGAAGAGAAAACGGAGAGAUUUGUUGCAGCCAAGGCAACACAAGAGAAGCAGCAGUCUUCCUCUGCUUUCGUGAAUCUUAUUCCACUCUUCAUCAUUGUUGCAGCUUUUGCAGCUUGGUUUUAUCUCAAUAAAGUCAAAAUUUAAGUUUGUCAAAAUUAGUUCUGUGGUUUCAUGAAUUUUUGUUUUUCUGAUUAAGGUAAGAAGAAAUAAAAGUGUUGAGAUACCCAUUGAAUAGAUUUUUCAUUUUUCAUUUUUUUUUUUUUUUUUCUGAAAUGCUUCAGGAAUCGAUCAUGUAUUAAUUUUUCUUUUUCUUUUUCUUUUUUUAUAAGUGUUUUAUUAAGUUUAAGAAUCUGAUGAAGUCAAAUCAAUCUAUCACUUGGGAGUGGUAUGUCACUUGCAA